UAAUUCCAAAGCAGGGCCAGGCCUAUUCAGUGGCUGGUUGUUUGGUAAGAAACCGGACGAAGAGGAUGAUUUUCUGCACAGCGUACACAGCAGCGAUGAGUUAAUAGAGACGUCCUACGACGAGUUCGAUAACAUGAGCGCUCGGGACCGCAUCGAAACAGAGCUCAUCCAGAAUCUGAUACAGUCAUACUUCGACGUGGUGCGUCGGAAUAUCCAGGACAGUGUCCCCAAAGCCAUAAUGCACCUGCUGGUCAACUUUGUGAAAGAGAAGUUACAGAGUCAUCUGGUAGGUUCUAGGGUUUAG